CCCCCCUUUUUUUUUUUUUUUUUCUUGCUGAGACAUGGCCCGGGCAGUGGCUCCUGGAAGAGGAACAAGUGUGGGAAAAGGGAGAGGAAACCGGAGCUAAAUGACAGGAUGCAGGCGACUUGAGACACAAAAAGAGACGCGCUUCUUUCGGAUUCAGGCAUUUGCCUUUCAGCUUUCCUUCCCCGCCAAGACCCGUUGAGGAUUUUACGGCUCUUAGGAGGGCUUGGAGCGUUUCGGAUUGUUAAGAUUCGGGUUUGCUGGGCUUUUCUCCCCGAGAUCUCCUCCGGCCUCAGCUGCCUGGGAAAUCGGCUCCGAGGAGCAGGAUGGAGAGGGGGCUGCCGCUGCUGUGCGCCGCGCUCGCCCUCGCCCUAGCCAGGGCCAGCGCUUUCCGCAGCGAUAAAUGUGGUGGAACUAUCAAAAUCGAGACCCCAGGGUACCUUACAUCCCCUGGUUACCCUCAUUCUUACCAUCCCAGUGAGAAGUGUGAAUGGCUGAUCCAGGCUCCGGAACCCUACCAGAGAAUCAUGAUCAACUUCAACCCGCACUUCGAUUUGGAAGACAGAGACUGCAAGUAUGACUACGUGGAGGUGUUUGAUGGGGAGAAUGAAAACGGCCGGCUGUGGGGAAAGUUCUGUGGGAAGAUCGCACCAUCUCCCGUGGUGUCCUCGGGGCCAUUUCUCUUAAUCAAAUUUGUCUCUGACUAUGAGACACAUGGCGCAGGAUUUUCCAUCCGCUAUGAAAUCUUCAAAAGAGGUCCCGAAUGUUCUCAGAACUAUACAGCACCUAGUGGCGUGAUAAAGUCCCCUGGAUACCCUGAGAAGUACCCCAAUAGCCUAGAAUGCACCUAUAUCAUCUUUGCACCGAAGAUGUCUGAAGUCAUCCUGGAGUUUGAAAGUUUUGACCUGGAGCAAGACCCAAAUCCUCCGGGAGGAAUCUUUUGUCGCUACGACCGGCUGGAGAUCUGGGAUGGGUUCCCUGAUGUUGGCCCUCACAUUGGGCGUUACUGUGGACAGAAAACACCAGGUCGGAUCCGGUCCUCAUCAGGCAUUCUGUCCAUGGUCUUUUACACCGACAGCGCAGUAGCAAAAGAAGGCUUCUCAGCUAACUACAGUGUCUUACAGAGCAGUGUCUCUGAAGAUUUCAAGUGUAUGGAGCCUCUGGGUAUGGAGUCGGGAGAGAUCGAUUCUGACCAGAUCACCGCAUCUUCACAGUAUAGCACCAACUGGUCGGCAGAGCGGUCCCGUCUGAACUACCCUGAAAAUGGGUGGACUCCUGGGGAGGACUCCUACAGGGAGUGGAUCCAGGUGGAUUUGGGCUUCCUGCGAUUUGUCACGGCUGUUGGGACACAGGGUGCCAUUUCCAAGGAAACCAAGAAGAAGUAUUAUGUGAAGACGUACAGAAUAGACAUCAGCUCCAAUGGGGAGGACUGGAUCACCCUGAAAGAGGGAAAUAAGCCUGUUAUCUUUCAGGGAAACACCAACCCCACAGAUGUUGUGUUUGGAGUCUUCCCCAAACCACUCAUAACUCGAUUUGUCCGAAUCAAACCUGUGACCUGGGAAACAGGCAUAUCUAUGAGAUUUGAAGUUUAUGGCUGCAAGAUAACAGAUUACCCUUGCUCUGGAAUGCUGGGCAUGGUCUCUGGACUUAUUUCUGAUUCCCAGAUUACAGCAUCCAACCAAGAAGACAGGAACUGGAUGCCAGAAAAUAUCCGCCUGGUGACCAGUCGCUCAGGCUGGGCACUGCCACCCACAACCCAUUCAUACGUCAAUGAGUGGCUCCAAGUGGACCUGGGGGAUGAGAAGAUGGUGAGGGGAGUUAUCAUCCAGGGUGGGAAACACCGAGAAAACAAGGUGUUCAUGAGGAAAUUCAAGAUUGCACACAGCAACAAUGGCUCGGACUGGAAAAUGAUCAUGGACGACAGCAAGCGCAAGGCUAAGACUUUCGAAGGCAACAGCAACUAUGACACACCUGAGCUCCGGGCAUUUUCACCCCUCUCCACACGAUUCAUCAGGAUCUACCCUGAGAGAGCCACACACAGCGGGCUCGGGCUGAGGAUGGAGCUGCUGGGCUGUGAGGUGGAAGCGCCUACCACUGGACCGACUACACCCAAUGGGAACCUGGUGGACGAGUGUGACGACGACCAGGCCAACUGUCACAGUGGCACAGGUGAUGACUUCCAGCUCACAGGAGGCACUACUGUACUGGCCACAGAGAAGCCGACCAUGAUAGACAGCACCAUCCAAUCAGAGUUUCCCACUUACGGUUUCAACUGUGAGUUUGGUUGGGGCUCUCAUAAGACGUUCUGCCACUGGGAACAUGACAACCAUGCACAGCUCAAGUGGAGUGUGCUGACGAGCAAGACGGGACCCAUUCAGGACCAUACAGCAGGAGAUGGAAACUUCAUCUAUUCACAAGCUGAUGAAAAUCAGAAAGGCAAAGUGGCCCGCCUGGUGAGCCCGGUGGUCUAUUCCCAGACUUCUGCCCACUGCAUGACCUUCUGGUAUCACAUGUCUGGCUCUCAUGUCGGCACCCUAAGGGUCAAACUGCGCUACCAGAAGCCGGAGGAAUACGAUCAGCAGGUCUGGAUGGUGGUCGGGCACCAGGGAGAUCACUGGAAAGAAGGGCGUGUCUUGCUCCACAAGUCUCUGAAACUGUAUCAGGUGAUUUUUGAGGGUGAAAUCGGAAGAGGAAACCUCGGUGGGAUUGCUGUAGAUGACAUCAGUAUCAACAACCACAUCUCUCAAGAGGACUGUGAAAAACCGACAGACCUGGAUAAAAAGAACCUAGAAAAUAAAAUCGCUGAAACAGGGAGUACCCCAGGAUAUGAACAGGAAGGGGAUGGUGACAAGAACAUCUCCAGGAAGCCGGGCAACGUGCUGAAAACCCUGGAUCCCAUCCUCAUCACCAUCAUAGCCAUGAGUGCCCUGGGGGUACUCUUGGGUGCUGUCUGUGGAGUCGUGCUGUACUGUGCCUGUUGGCACAAUGGGAUGUCAGAAAGAAACCUGUCUGCCCUGGAGAACUAUAACUUUGAACUUGUGGAUGGCGUGAAGUUGAAAAAAGACAAACUGAACCCACAGAGUACUUACUCAGAGGCAUGAAGGCGCAGAGGCGAGGGAGCACGGGAGGACUGAGGUGGACGGAUGGCGGAGGUGUGGGGACUCUGUUGCUCUGCUUUCACACUUAGCUGGAAAGGGUGUCCAUGGCGCCGCGCCAGGCUUUUCUCAGGAGCUUCAAUGAGCGUCGCCGACAGACGCGAGCAGGUGACUGGUGACAACCAGAAUCAUGUACAGCCCGCUUUGUUCUCUUGGUUUCUUUUGGAUAAUCAGAUGCUGAUUGAGACCAAGUGUGACUGACUUCAUUGUUCAGCCUUGUUUCCCCUUUUUUCUCUCUCUCCCCUCCCCGUGAUGGAUUCUUCUUGGAAGCUACAAAAUCCAAGAUGCUGGCACUAAGCGUUGGUCAGUGGCUCUUCUGAUGGACAUGCAUCCUGUAGCCCAGUGUCUGGAGCACAUCAGCAUAACUGCAUUUCAGGGGACUCCUGAUGUUCACCUUGUGCAUCGCCAGCUGUGAUGCACACAGGAAAAGAAGGAUUAGGCUGUUUUGUUUGCAAAGUACUGUGGCCUCAGUACCCAUACAGUGUGUCAGCUCUGUUAUGAAGCAAUACUGUCAGAUUUUCUUCAUGUUUUCCAGUGUUGUACCAAAUCUCGUGUUUUUGAUUCCAUUCAGAAUACCGUGCCGCCACCACACUGUUGGCAUCUGGGUAUCCCACUGAUGACAGCCACUGAAGUCCCCGGCACUGGCUUGUCUGCGUCCCCUCAAGUGCCUUUUUGUUUGUACCAGUUCCUUGUGUCCCAUGGAUGAUCCACUCUGUUUCUGGUGAAAUCUCUCCUCUUCAAUCAGACCUGUUGGCCCACUGACUAAGAAGAAAGUAUAUUUUAGUGUGCGAUGCCAGGCCCCAAGAAGGCAAGGGCUCUGAAGACUGGCAACGUGGCUUAAUCAUUCUGCUUUUUUCUGAAGUUCAAUGUCAUGUCUCUUGACCCUUUGUAUAAAGCUGCAAUAUUCUCUCUCGUUGUUCUUUGCUAUGGAAUGUAUUUUCAAAUGUAAACUCUUGGCUCUUUCCUCGCUCUGUCCUUUUUUCCUCUCUUAGAAGCGAAGCAUUUGCCACUGUCCAGGAAAGAACCUUGCAGCUUUAACCUGCUGGCGAUGGCGAACAAUUUUACUAGACUUUAUGUUUUAAGAUAAAUAAGUAAGGGGCAUUCCUAACUUUGACCUCCAAAGUCUAACUUUGGGAUUCUUGUUAACUGGUUAAAGUGACAGUAUCUUUUUUCCUUAAGCCGUGUGUCAGUCCAUUCUAAUUAGAUGUUUGAUAGGAAUGUUUGCAUCUAAUGGAAGUUCUGGUAAGUUGAGGGAAGAACGAACACCAGCUGGCUUUCAGAUGAGACCCUUAGGAAGGACUGAAUAAAAUCCCCAAGUUAUCGAAAAGAAUGUGAACAUUUUACAUCCAAAUAUGCAGAAAUGACCCCAGAGAACCUUCCUAUUUUGAUACUGCGUCAGAGGAGGGGAGGGGGGAAAACAGUUAGUUUAAAGAAUAAACAAUAAAUCCUGAUGCCUGGGGUAAAACUAUUUUAAGAUCAGGCGGAAGGGAUGCAUAAAGUCGAAACAAAUAUUUAGAACAAUCCGUUCAGCGGCCACCCUGAAAAAGUACAUUUGAAUGACUGCUUCGCAAAGCUUCCAACGGCUCAUAAAGAGAAAAGCCUGCCUCAGGGCUGGCAAGACCUAAGCCUCAACAGCACAGAGGGGUGAAUGUCUUAAUCCAAAGAAGCUUCUCCUUGGUGGAUUUCUGUCCUGCUGUGUUGUACAUAAGAACCUGGAGCUCUUUCUCUUUCCCUUCAUGGCUGUGGGUCUCACAUUUGCUUCCUGGAAGGAAUGAUCCAUUCAUCCUGGUUUAAUCAGAUUAAGAAUGUCUUUAGUUCUAGGAAAGUAUCAAUCACUAAGAAAGAAAGGAGAAUAUGUUUUUAUUCCCGGGGGCAUCCAUUCACUUGCUGUAAUUGUACUGGGAGAAAAGCAUUAAGACUUUGUGUUUAAGGCAACAGACUUAGCUGUUGUCCUCAGCCAAGGAAAACUGAUACUGCAACUUUACAUUUUAAAGUACCUUGCACUGAUAAAUAUAUUUAAAAAUUAUAUGUUUAUAAAGUUAUUAAUUUGUAAAGGCAGUGUUACAAAAUGUUCAGUUUAUAUUGUUUUAGAUUGUUUCGUAAUUUUUAAAGGUGUAAAAUAACAUAUUUUUUCUUUAUUGAAAUCUAUAAGACUUUCUGUAGUAAAAUGUCUCAUUUUCUGGUAUAUUAUUGCUUCAUGUUUUGUACCCUCAUAAAAUUUUGUGCAAAUUUUUUUUACAGAAAUUUUUAUUUUCUAUGAUGAUAUGACACUUGUAAAUUGUUGUUUCAAAAUGAACAGCGAAGCCUUAACUUUAAAUGACAUUUGUAUUCUCUGACUGCGUAGCAUAAAAACCACCUGAAAUGAACUGUUACUUAAGUUCCAAACUGCGACUACACAUUCCAAAGAAACAGUUGAAUUAAACGUUUUCAUAAAAAUCCCAAA